CAUCUAGUAACUACUUUAAACCAGAUUCAAUUUACUUUACGAGCGCAAACUUUGUCAAUUGUACCUAAAAUACAAUAUAAAGAAUAACAUUUAACUGUUUAAGUGUGUAGUUACAUGCACGAUGUCUAGUACCAAUCAGUUCCAAAGUAUAGAACACAUUUUAAAAAACAGUUUAAAUGAUGAAGACUAUGCAAAAGUUAGACAAGUACUAUACGGAAAUGCUACACCAGAAAUUGAGAUUCCAACCCUAAUUCAAGAUACAGCAGAGUCUUAUGACAUAGAACUGAAAGCUUACAGUAUUCCAGCCUUGGCAGAACAAACUAGGCCUGUUCGUGCAGUUAGAAUAGGCUUAUUUCAGCACCAAACACCCUUACCAACGAACUCAAAAAUUUCGGAAAUGCAUAAUGCCAUGCAAAAAUUAGCUGUGAAAGCCAUUCACCUCGCUAGCAAUUUAGGAGUUAAUGUCUUCUGCUUUCAGGAGGCUUGGAAUAUGCCUUUCGCGUUUUGUACAAGAGAGAAAUUCCCUUGGUGUGAAUACGCAGAAGAAGCCGAACACGGUCCCACAACCAAGUUUCUACAACAGCUAGCAAAAGAAAACAAUAUUGUUAUAAUUUCACCAAUUUUGGAAAGAGAUGGGACGCAUUCUGACACCAUUUGGAAUACAGCGGUUGUCAUAGAUAACCACGGAAACUAUCUGGGAAAACACAGAAAGAAUCACAUACCGCGCGUUGGCGAUUUUAACGAAUCCACCUAUUAUUUUGAAGGAAAUACCGGACAUCCUGUAUUUCAAACCGAUUAUGGAAAAAUUGCAAUAAAUAUUUGCUAUGGAAGACAUCACCCACUAAAUUGGUUAGGUUUUGGUCUAAAUGGAGCAGAAAUUGUAUUUAAUCCAUCCGCUACAGUGGGUGAUUUGAGUGAACCUUUAUGGGGCAUUGAAGCUAGAAACGCUGCUAUAGCAAACGGCUAUUUUACCUGUGCAAUUAACAGAGUAGGCACUGAGAUUUUCGAAAACGAAUUUACGUCAGGUAAUGGAAAACCGGCUCACAAGGAUUUCGGACAUUUUUAUGGUUCGAGUUACGUAACAGCCCCCAAUGGAUCCAGAACGCCGGGUCUAUCACGAACAAGAAAUGGACUUCUUGUUACUGAAGUUGAUUUAAACAUGUGCAGACAAGCUAAAGAUACUUGGGGAUUUCAGAUGACCCAAAGAUUAGAUAUGUACGCAAAACUAUUAUCGGAAGCAUCAGAUCAUCAUUUUGUCCCUCAGAUAAUUAAAAAGUGAUGAUAUAAACUGAUUUUAUAUAUUUUUUUAAUUAACUUUUCUUUGACCAAUCUAAUAUAUUUUUUAUUUAUAGGGUUCUUGGCUUUUGGUCAAUAUUAAACUUUUUCUGGGUUUAGGAAGUGUUUAUUAUAUAACUAACGUUUCGGUCCAGUUUUAACUAACAUUAAACUCAACAUAUUUCCAAUACAAAAACAAUUUUUACAAACAAAUCGAGGGUUGCGCAAUGGGAUCAUCCAUCUCUAGUGUAAUAGCCCAACUCGUUAUGGAAAAUCUAGAGGAAUCUGUAUUAAAAAAAUUUAAAUUUAAAAUACCGUUAUACUAUCGUUAUGUAGAUGAUUGUAUUAUGCUAAUUCCUAAAGAAAAAAAUGAAUACGUUCUGAAGGAAUUUAAUGCAUUGCACAAACGAAUCCAGUUCACCAUCGAAACACAAAAAGAUAAUUCAAUCAGUUUUUUAGACACCAUAAUCUAUAAUACCCAGGGAACUCUAAAAACUAUGGUGGUACACUAAAAAAACAUGGUCCUCCAGAUAUCUGAACUAUAAUUCAAACCACCCAAAAAAACAAAAAAAAUCAGUUAUCAUAGGUCUCACUGAUAGAGCGAUAUCAUUAUCUGACCCGGAAUACAGGGAAAAUGCAAUAAAAAAAAGCAAAAGAUGCACUAAUUUUAAAUAAUUACCCCACUCAGCUUAUAAACAAAACAUUUAAACAAAGAAUUCACAAAUAUUAUAAUUCUGAUACAAAAAUUAAACAAAAAAUAAACAAAAAAUUCUUACCAAUACCAUUAUAGAAGGCUUAUCCCAUCAACUAAAAGGUCUAUUUAAAACAGAUCAGUCAUAAAUAUGACCAAAAAAAACAUUACAGCACUUGUUACUCACGAAAAAAAUAAUAAUCACACCUUUGAUUACAAUAAAACAAGAAUUUUAAACACCGAAAUUAAUUUGAAAAAACGAGAAUUCCUUGAAAUGAUUCAGAUACAAAAAAACAAAAAUGCAAU